AUGAAAAGAAUAACUUGCUGUGUGUGUGACAGAUGGCCGAAGUACAGAAGAAAGGUGUCUGGCAUUGAACUGAAGAAUUAUGUAGAACGAAUUUUAGACAGAAAAGUAGAUGAGAAUGAAGUCAUUUGUACCGCAUGCUCGAUAAAAUAUUACAAGGCCAAGAAAACUGAAAAAUACCAAAACAAUGUUAAUUCAGCACAUAAAAAAACAAGUUCACAUACAAAUAGCUCGCAGUCGACAUGCCAUCUUAGAAUGAAAUCGGUGUCUUACUCGCAUAAGUACUGUAUUAUUUGUAAAAAGAAACAAAACAGUCGCAGAUCACUCAUUGUUUUACCGAAAAAGGCACAGACGCAAGCCUUUAUUGAAGGAAUCUAUAUACCAAAAAAAGCUAGACUUUGUCGUAAUCAUAUAAAAGGAAAGCUUAUUAAGGAUGCAGAUCUGAAAACAAUGCCAGUCAAUGAAGGAAAAAAAUUGUACCUAACUCCAGAGAUUAGCUCUCUAAUUGAAGAAAUGAGAGAUCACAUGAAAAGAACUAGCUACAUUAACUUUGAUACAUUACCAGAAGAAUAUUAUCAUAAUCUUACAGGGUUAGAAAAAUCUCAGUUUGACGAGCUGUGCACGUAUAUUGAGGGCCGACGGAACACAUGUGUUAGGUCAAUAAAAACAACAGUAGGCAUACUUUUGACAAAAUUAAGAACUGGACUUGCAAACAAGCUUUUGUCAGUAAUGUUUAAAUUAAAAGUAAGCCAAAUUCAAAGAGCUGUACAUUCGGCAAGAUGCGCUCUUCUUUCUCACUUUGUGCCAUAUAAUCUAGGAUUUUCACAUAUAACGCACGAUGAAUUUUGUGAGAAGCAUACUACGAGUACGGCAUCCACACUAUUUAAGUCAAGCCAAAAUGCUAAUGAGGCUGUUAUUGUCUUAGAUGGCACUUACAUAUACAUACAAAAAAGUGCUGACUACUUAUUUCAACGAAAGUCAUACAGUUGCCACAAAAAUCGGCCACUAGUAAAACCUAUGAUGAUUGUGGGAUCUGAUGGGUAUAUACUAACAGUUCUUGGACCAUACUAUGCUAACGGUAACAAUAACGAUGCAAACAUAAUGAAACAUGUGUUUGAUGUCAAUGACGAGAAUAUCUCAUCAUGGUUACGAGAUGAUGACAUCAUCAUCGUUGAUCGCGGCUUUAGAGACGCUAUAAAGUUCUUGGAAGAUCUAGGUUUGACUGUGCACAUGCCACCAUAUUUAUCCAAAGGACAAAAACAACAUACCGUACAAGAAGCUAAUCUUUCAAGACUUAUCACAAAAGUCAGGUGGGUGGUGGAAAGCUCGAAUGGAAGAAUAAAGCACUGGAAAUUGCUGAAUGAUGUCAUGCAAAAUAGCUUGGUCCCAUAUAUUGGCGAUUUUACCAGAAUAGUCUGUGCAAUUAUCAAUAAGUUUAGGCCUCCAUUAGUUACCGAUGAUGAGCAGUCACAUAGAAUUGCUGCUGAAAUGAAAGAAAAAUCUGUGCUAGGCAAUCAGUUGCAAGUUUACCUCGAGGAAAAUGAAUUCGUUUCUAAGAGAGUAGUGUAUAGAUCGGCAUUAGAAUAUGAUCUGGCUGAGUUACCUCGCCUUACCUUAAACGAACUGCGAGAAGUGACAUUUGGUGUAUAUCAACUAAAACAAGCACAGAAUUAUACGUAUGAACAUUACAACGAGAACGGUGAUUAUAUCAUUGAAUGUUUGAAAACAAAUCCAAAAAUACUUAAGGUAUCAAUUCAGUCAAGACACACCGGAACACUUAAGUACGCCACAUGGAUUCAAUUUGGAUCUGCAGACGAGGAAGAAAAAAUUAAAGGUUGGUAUUGCAAAUGCAAAGCAGGGGCAAGAGUGGUCGGAUGCUGUGCUCAUCUAGCGAGCAUCUUGUGGCAUAUUAGCAUCGAAAGGUUCGAAAAGAAAGUUAAAGUUAGCAUGAAUGAGAAAAGCAAGUUAAAGGACGCUGGAAGUAUAAAGAGGAAAGAAGAAUAA